AAGAUCGCUCGUAGUUCAGAUCCGAACCCAACAUAUAUCCAGUUGUAGCAACCCGGGUUCUAAGCAACACCGCUUACACCUACCACGUGUUCGAGUUUCUACUCUACUCCUCCCCACACCAGAUUACUCCAAUGGAGGAGCAACUCCAACCGAACCCUAACUCGGUUACCGGACUCACCGGUUCCUCGCCGCCGCUCCACCACGACGACGACGGCGAACCGGUUCUGAGCUCCCACACCCUCGCCGCGCUCAACGAGUUCCUCGCCGAGCAGCAACGCGACUCCGCCGCCGGAGAUUCCGAGGUCUCGCUGGUGUCCGAGGAUUGGAGGCUGAGCCAGUUCUGGUACAGCGCCGAAACUGCCACAACCGUCGCCCAAGAGGUUCUCACUCUCUGCGCCGCCGCCAACUCUCGCGUCGCCUGCAUCGCCUGCCCUACGCUCUACGCUUAUCUCAAGAACAUGGAUCCUGGUGUUUCUGUGCAACUUCUUGAGUAUGACAAACGUUUUGAGCAAUUAAAAUCCUACGAAAUCCUAAACCAAUACACCCCCUUACUCUUUUAUGAGCAACAAAAUCUUGUGAGCAAAGUGGAUCCGUACAAAAAAGUAUUUCAAGAUAACAAGAUAAAAUAA